AUGGCGAACACAACAAGUGCCCCGAUUGUGGAAAUUGUCCCAGAUGGCGAUAUCAUUCUAGUAGUUGGAUCUGAUAGGACGAAGAUUCUUGUCAAGUCCACGCUAUUGAGGGCAGCCUCGAACCCCUUCUCAGCCAUGCUUAGGCCAAAUUGGAAAGAAGGCCAUGAUACGCGACAUUAUAAUGGCCCGUUUGAGUUACCACUACCAGAGGAUAAUGCUACUAACGACAGGAUCCCACAGACCCUCCCGGCAAGCGAUAUCCUUGCUAUUGCCGUUGCUGCAGAUAAGUAUGAUUGCUUGCUGGAAGAGCAAAGAGGCUUCGUGAGACUGCAGCUAGCAGAUAUUCUUACCAGCGGUGUAAACAUUGGUAACUGCCGCGGGUACUGUGGUAGGCAAGCCAGAUAUACUUACGCGUAUAUAAAGAAAUUGGACGCAGAGGAUCUUUAG